ACCCCCCCCCACCCCCACCACCCCCACCCCACCACCCCCACCCACCCCCACCCCCACCCCCAAUCCAAACCAAUCCAAAUCCAAUCCAAAUCCAAUCCAAAUCCAAUCCAAAUCCAAUCCAAAUCCAAUCCAAAUCCAAUCCAAAUCCAAUCCAAAUCCAAUCCAAAUCCAAACCAAAUCCAAUCCAAAUCCAAUCCAAAUCCAAUCCAAAUCCAAUCCAAAUCCAAUCCAAAUCCAAUCCAAAUCCAAUCCAAAUCCAAUCCAAAUCCAAUCCAAAUCCAAUCCAAAUCCAAUCCAAAUCCAAUCCAAAUCCAAUCCAAAUCCAAUCCAAAUCCAAUCCAAAUCCAAUCCAAAUCCAAUCCAAAUCCAAUCCAAAUCCAACCAAUCCAAAUCCAAUCCAAAUCCAAUCCAAAUCCAAUCCAAAUCCAAUCCAAAUCCAAUCCAAAUCCAAUCCAAAUCCAAUCCAAAUCCAAUCCAAAUCCAAUCCAAUCCAAUCCAAAUCCAAUCCAAAUCCAAUCCAAAUCCAAUCCAAAUCCAAUCCAAAUCCAAUCCAAAUCCAAUCCAAAUCCAAUCCAAAUCCAAUCCAAAUCCAAUCCAAAUCCAAUCCAAAUCCAAUCCAAAUCCAAUCCAAAUCCAAUCCAAAUCCAAUCCAAAUCCAAUCCAAAUCCAAUCCAAAUCCAAUCCAAAUCCAAUCCAAAUCAAUCCAAAUCAAUCCAAAUCCAAUCCAAAUCCAAUCCAAAUCCAAUCCAAAUCCAAUCCAAAUCCAAUCCAAAUCCAAAUCCAAUCCAAAUCCAAUCCAAAUCCAAUCCAAAUCCAAUCCAAAUCCAAUCCAAAUCCAAUCCAAAUCCAAUCCAAAUCCAAUCCAAAUCCAAUCAUCAAAUCCAAUCCUGUCUUUACCGUCGGCCACCAAUCAACGACGGUAAGGCCCUUUUCCGUCAUACCCCGUGGGCCGGAACUAUCGAGAGUCGCUAUGAAGCAGAGUGUCGUCAACUACACGCCAUGAACCUGAUCCGUAUCCAGGGAGAUAGAGGCUGCAAUAUUCCCCGCUCGGUCAUAGCUAGAAUCAUAAUACAUGCAGCCAGGCCGCUGGAAACUGUUGCUCUUUUGUUGACCAAAGAAAACCAUCCGCUCUCUCUAGUUCGUCCACCAAUCGGAAGAUUCCACCUAGCCGCCGCUCCCUCCGCAUCGGUCGAUCGGCCAUACCGCGCACGGGUCCUUUGCCGACGCUGCGUACCAAAUUGCAGCACGGAUUCGUUGGCAGCCGCCAUUCUGCUGUCACCGCUGUCGAGCAUCAAGGAAGUCGCCAUCGUUGAGUCGUCGAGCUAA